AUGGCCCAGCAAUUCGCCAACAAGCAGCCUCCAGGCUUCCGAAACCACAUCCAAAACAUCGCCAUCGUCGGCGCCGGCGGCUCCGUAGGCAAAUUCAUCACCGAAGCCCUCCUCUCGCAGGGCAAACACAAAGUCACCGCCAUCACGCGCCAAGACAGCGACAGCGUCCUGCCCCAAGGAAUCCACCAUAUCAAGAAAGUCGACUACUCCUCCCAACAGAGCCUCGUCGACGCCCUCAAAGGCCAAGAUGCCCUAGUCAUCACCCUCAAACCCAUGAGCCCGCCCGACACGCAGCAUAACCUCAUGGACGCGGCGGUCGAAGCGGGCGUGGAGUACAUCAUGCCGAACGAGUACGGCGUCGACGCGAGCAACAAGGCUUUAGCCGAGGAGACGAUGGUCGGGACGGCGGUGCGCGAGGCGAGGGCGUACGUGGAGAAGAUUGGGAACGGCAAGACGUUCUGGGUGGGUUUGGUCUGUGGGUUCUGGUAUGAGUUUAGUCUCGCGGGGAAGGAGAAUCGUUAUGGGUUUGAUUUGGGGGAGAAGAGCUUGACGUGGUUUGAUGAUGGGGAGACGAGGUUUACGCAGAGUACUUGGGCGCAGUGCGGCCGCGCCGUCGCCUCCCUCUUCGCCCUCAAAAAACUCCCCGACAACGAAACAGAUCGCUCGCCCACCCUCUCCCAAUUCGCCAACGCCCCCGUCUACAUCUCCUCCUUCACCGUCUCCCAACGCGACAUGCUCGCCUCCCUCCUCCGCAUCACCAACGACUCCGAAGCCAACUGGACUUUCAAAACCGAGUCCAGCCGCGACCGCCACGCUGACGCCUUGGAGAAGCGCAAACAAGGGGUCCUGGCAGGGUUUAUCAGGACGUUGUAUACGAGGGUUAUGUUUCCCGGGGGUGGUGGGGAUACGUCCGGGAAGGUCGUGAAUGAGGUUCUGGGACUGCCUGUAGAGGAUUUGGAUGAGGCGACGAGAGGCGCGGUGAGGUUGCAUGAGGAGGGGUAUUUUGAGGGGAGGGCGGCGUAG